AUUAAGACAUGAUUCCUCUCGUACAAUCUGUACGGAUUCGGACUUCAAAUAAUCUUUCCGCGCUGUAAAUGGGAAAACAAGACCGCUCAAUAAUACACUGGAAGUAGUGGAUUCAGGUACCGCUGUGUACACAGCAUGUUAGUGCUGAAGUGGGUUUUGAGCGAGGGCCAAGCCGCCCCUCGGUCCCACUUCACUCAGGUACGUCGCCUCAUCAGCGCAAACCCAUCCACACAAAGCACCGAGUGAGUGAGUCUCAAGCCCUCGCCAUCGACUCAAGACAUCAUCAUCACUAAACCUCCCUCACCACGUGCCCUUCCCCAUUUCCACUCGUACAGAACCCCGGACCUUUCCCCUCCAGCUUUGACUCGCCCCACAUACAUAUCCGCAAAAAGACCCAGCAAAAACCAUGGCCACUCAGAGGAUCAUCUCGACCGAGAAGACCAUCCUCGACAAAGAUGACAUGGACAGCGGCAGCUCGGGCUCAAAGUCCAACAUCGCCCCGGCGGUGCCAAUGGACGUCAUCGUCAAGCUGCUGGCAUUCACCUUCGCCAUGAUAGUCGUCCCCAUCGGCUCGUACUUUGCGACGGUAAACACGGUGUUCAAAGGCAACUCAACCUUCGCGGGCGCCACGGCGGCCAUCAUGGCCAACGUCGUGCUGAUCGCGUACGUGAUCGUCGCCAUGAGAGAGGACCAGUCAGAGCAGUACGACAAGAAGGAGGGCAAGAAGGACCGCUGAGGGGAGGCGGGGGGGGUUUCCGAUCUGCUCGCUUGGCUCCCCUGCAGGCAGGCCAAUCUUUUGUCUGCAGCACUUUGGGACCAUCAGGACGUGGCACGAUACGUGUGUCUAGCUGUGAAUUAUGUAAUAUUUUCCAGCUGCAUGCACACGGUAACUAUGAAAGAUUUCAUAAACAAAGGCAAGCCGAUCACGGACGGGCGGUGUGUAUAUGUCAACAUCAAUGGCAGGUUUAGUUUGCAACUGGCGUCGGAUAUGAAUUGUAACAUGGGUCGCAUAAUAUCCAUCCUCCAUGUCAGACCUAGGGCGGAAAAGCACCUGCGUGCAUUCGACACACAGGACACAGCAUAUCACAGGGUCAUAGGACCAGACGUUAUUCGCUUUGGGCUUCAAAAUGUAG